UAUCUCUGUCCCUCCUAACUCUGCUGAAAGAGAUGGGUGUUCUUAACUUGCUAUGGCUGUGGGUGUUAAUGGACGUUGGAGUCAUAUGUGGGUUGGCAGAGUCAACCUGUAGGCUUCUGGAGACUCUAACCUCUCAGAGUGUGUAUAAGGAGGGUGAUGUGAUCAUUGGAGGACUGUUUCCAGUUCAUUUACAGCCACCUGAGCCAAACCUGGACUUCACACAACGAGCAGCACCUUUGCAGUGUCAGAAUUUUGAAUUCCGUGCAUACCGUUGGCUGCAGGGCAUGAUCUUUGCAGUGGAAGAGAUAAACAGAAACCCCCAGCUGCUGCCCAAUCUCACCCUGGGGUAUGCCCUGGCUGACACUUGUCUCGCAGAGAGGACGGUGUUAAGCGCUGCGUUGGGGCUGGUAACCGGGAAGGACUCUGUCGUUACGAGCUCCAGGUGCGGCCGCACUCCCAAGGUGCCUGUCAUCGUCGGUGAUGUCCGCUCCUCUGGAUCCAUCGUGGUCGCUCGUACACUGGGAGGUUUCGGCAUCCCCUUGGUGAGCUAUGCUGCAACUUGCGCUUGCCUUGGAGACCGCCAAAUGUACCCCACGUUUUUGCGCACUGUACCAAGCGAUGCCUUUAAGGCUCGGGCCAUUGCACACAUGCUGCGCCUCUUUGGCUGGACCUGGGUGGGCGUAGUGAUGGGAGAUGAUGACUAUGGCAAGUCUGGGAUCCAGCAUCUGCUGAAGGAGCUGCAGAACUCUGAGGUGUGUGUGGCCUUUUCUGAGGUCAUCCCCAAGGUCAACUUGGAGAAAAGUAUCCCACGCAUUGUGGAAACACUCAAGCAUUCCACAGCCAAAAUCAUCGUCACUUUUGCCAUUUCCACAGACAUGAAUGCCCUGCUGAUGGAGGUAGGGAGACAGAACAUGACUGACAAGCAGUGGAUUGCCUCAGAGUUAUGGAGUACCUCCAGUAUCAAUUCCUCUCCAAAAAUCCUACCCUUACUGCAUGGCACUAUAGCAGUUGACUUGCGCAAGGGAAACAUUAGGGGUCUCAGGUCUUUUCUCACUGGGGUCCGGCCCAAAGAUUUGCCCUCUGACCCAUUCGUGCAGGAAUUCUGGGAGACAAUAUUCGGAUGCUCUUUGAAAAAUGACCCCACCAUCUCUCUGUCAGUCAGGCCCCAGUGCACAGGGUCUGAGAACUUGGACAAUGUUGUGAACAUCUAUACUGACGUCUCUCAGUUGAGGGCCACUUACAAUGUGUACAAGGCUGUGUAUGCCAUCGCACAGGCCAUUCAAAACAUGCUGUCCUGCCAACCAGGAGAUGGCCCCUUUGAAAAUUGGGCGUGUCCAGACGUCACCAGCCUACAGCCCUGGCAGAUUCUCCACUACCUCCGUGCUGUCAACUUCACCACACCUGCGGGUGAGGUUACACACUAUGAUGAAAAUGGUGAACCACGGGCCUCUUUUGACAUCAUUAACUGGCAAGUGGGGGCACAGGGGACGGUGGAGUUUGUCACGGUGGGACAGUUUGACUCUGGUGACCACAAGUUUGACAUCGAUGAGAAAAGAGUCAUCUGGGGCGGUGGCCAGAAUGAGGUGCCUGUGUCCGUCUGCAGCAUUCCCUGUCCCCCAGGCACUCGGAAGGCUGUGCAGAAAGGAAAGCCCAUCUGCUGCUUUGACUGCUUACCAUGUGCAGAAGGGGAGAUCAGCAACACCACUGGUUCAACAGAGUGCCAGAAGUGCCCAGAUCGAUUCUGGUCGAAUGCUGCUCGAACAACCUGCAUUCCAAAAGAGGUGGAGUUCCUGUCCUUCCAGGAGACCAUGGGGAUCAUUCUUGCUGCUCUUUCAGUCUCUGGGGUGGUCCUCACAGGCUGUGUCAUUACCACCUUCUUUUUCCACCGAGACACGCCCCUCGUUAGGGCAAACAAUGCAGAGUUGAGCUUCAUGCUGCUGCUGUCACUCUCUCUCUGCUUCCUGUGUGCACUGGCCUUCAUUGGUCGCCCCACCCCCUGGUCCUGUAUGUUGCGCCACACGCUGUUUGGGAUCAGUUUUGUGCUCUGCAUUUCCUGUGUCCUCAGCAGGACAGUGGUGGUGCUGGUGGCCUUCCGUGCCUCAGUCCCUGGCAGCAACAUCAUGCGGUACUUUGGUCCGGUGCAGCAGAGACUGGCCAUCUCCCUCUGCACCUCUGUCCAGGUGCUCAUCUGUGUGCUGUGGCUGGUUCUCUCACCACCCAUCCCAGCUGAGAUACAGGGGCAGAGUGCCAAGAUCAUCCUUGAGUGUGAUGUGGGCUCAGUGGCUGGAUUUGCCUGUGUCCUGGGCUACAUUGGCCUGCUGGCGGCCAUCUGCUUCCUGCUGGCCUUUUUAGCCAGGAAACUCCCAGACAACUUCAAUGAAGCCAAGUUAAUCACCUUCAGCAUGCUCAUCUUUGGUGCUGUCUGGAUCACUUUCAUCCCUGCCUACAUCAGCUCUCCGGGGAAGUACACUGUCGCUGUGGAGAUAUUCGCCAUCUUGGCUUCCAGCUAUGGACUCCUUCUCUGCAUCUUUGCUCCCAAGUGUCAUAUAAUCCUACUGAGACCAGACAAGAAUACCAAGAAAAGGAUGAUGUUAUUCCAGCAACUGGACUGCACCAUCCUGUCUGUGGUUCAAACAAAGGGGCAAUUCUCUAAGGAAACGCAGUGCCGAGUGGUAGAACUUAGACCCCUCUUCCUCGUCACUCUGUCCCUCCUCCCGCUCCUGCAGGAGAUGGGUGUUCGUACCUGGUUAUGGCUGUGGGUGCUGUUGGUCCUUGGAACUGUGUGUGGGUUAGCAGGGUCCUCCUGCCAGCUUCUGGAGACUCUGAACUCUCAGAGUUUGUAUAAGGAGGGUGAUGUUAUCAUUGGAGGACUUUUUCCUGUUCAUUUGCAGCCACCUGAGCCCAACGUGGACUUCACACAACGAGCAGCAGCUUUGCAGUGUCAGAACUUUUUAAAAAAUGCAUACUAUUACAUGCAGAGCAUGAUCUUUGCAGUGGAAGAGAUAAACAGAAACCCCCAGCUGCUGCCCAAUCUCACCCUGGGGUAUGCCCUGGCUGACACUUGUCUCGCAGAGAGGACGGUGUUAAGCGCUGCGCUGGGGCUGGUAACCGGGAAGGACCCUGUUGUUACGAGCUCCCGGUGCGGCCGCACUCCCAAGGUGCCUGUCAUCGUUGGUGAUGCCCGCUCUUCAGGAUCUAUGGUGAUCGCUCGUACACUGGGAGUUUUCAGGAUCCCCAUGGUGAGCUACUUUGCAACGUGCGCUUGCCUUGGAGACCGCCAAACGUACCCCACCUUCUUCCGCACUGUGCCCAGCGAUGCCUUUCAGGCCAGGGCAAUGGCACACAUGCUGCGCCUCUUUGGCUGGACCUGGGUGGGGGUGGUAAUGGGAGAUGAUGACUAUGGAAAGUUUGGGAUCCAGCUUCUACUGGAGGAGCUACAGAACUCUCAGGUGUGUGUGGCCUUUUCUGAGGUCAUCCCCAAGGUCAACUCGGAGAAGACUAUCCCACGUAUUGUGGAAAUUCUUAAGCAUUCCACAGCCAAAGUCAUCAUCACUUUUGCCAUUGCACCAGACUUGCAUCCCCUGCUGAUGGAAGUUGUGAGACAGAACAUCACUGACAAGCAGUGGAUUGCCACAGAGUCCUGGGUUACCUCUAUAUCUAUCGCUUCUCCACAAAACCUACCCUCUCUGAGUGGCACAAUAGGAUUCGCCUUGCAUCAGGGAAAAAUUGAGGGUUUCAGUUCUUUUCUCACUGCGAUUCAGCCCAAGGAUAUGCCCUCUGACCCAUUCGUGCAGGAAUUCUGGGAGACGAUGUUUGAAUGCUCUUUGAAAAAUGACCCCUCCCCUUCUCUGUCAUCCAGGCCCCAGUGCACAGGGUCUGAGAGCUUGGACAAUGUUGAGAGCGUUUAUACUGACAUCUCCCAGUUGAGGGCCACUUACAGUGUGUACAAGGCUGUAUAUGCCAUCGCACAUGCCAUUCACAACAUGCUGUCCUGCCAACCAGGAGAUGGCCCCUUUGAAAAUAGGGAGUGUCCAGAUGUCACCAACCUCCAGCCCUGGCAGAUUCUCCACUACCUCCACACCGUCAACUUCACCACACCUGCGGGUGAGGCUACACACUUUGAUGAGAAUGGUGAACCACCAGCUGCUUAUGACAUCAUUAACUGGCAAGUGGGAUCACAGGGGAUGGUGGAGUUUGUCAAGGUGGGAGAGUUUGAUUCUGCGGAUGGAUCUCACAGCGAGCUUGAUAUCAAUGUGACAAGAGUCAUCUGGGGCAGUGGCCAGAAUGAGGUGCCUGUGUCCAUCUGCAGCAUGCCCUGUCCCCCAGGCACUCGAAAGGCUGUGCAGAAAGGAAAGCCCAUCUGCUGCUUUGACUGCUUACCAUGUGCAGAAGGGGAGAUCACCAACACCACUGGUUCAACAGAGUGCCAGAAGUGCCCAGAUCGAUUCUGGUCAAAUGCUGCUCGAACAACCUGCAUCCCAAAAGAGGUGGAGUUCCUGUCCUUCCAGGAGACCAUGGGGAUCAUUCUUGCUGCUCUUUCAGUCUCUGGGGUGGUCCUCACAGGCUGUGUCAUUACCACAUUCUUUUUCCACCGGGACACGCCCCUUGUUAGGGCAAACAAUGCAGAGCUGAGCUUCCUGCUGCUGCUGUCACUCUCUCUCUGCUUCCUGUGUGCACUGGCCUUCAUCGGUCGCCCCGCCCCCUGGUCCUGUAUGUUGCGCCACACGCUGUUCGGGAUCAGCUUUGUGCUCUGCAUUUCCUGUGUCCUCAGCAGGACGGUGGUGGUGCUGGUGGCCUUCCGUGCCUCAGUCCCUGGCAGCAACAUCAUGCGGUACUUUGGCCCGGUGCAGCAGAGACUGGCCAUCUCCCUCUGCACCUCUGUCCAGGUGCUCAUCUGUGUGCUGUGGCUGGUUCUGUCACCACCCAUCCCAGCUGAGGUACAGGGGCGGAGUGCCAGGAUCAUCCUCGAGUGUGAUGUGGGCUCAGUGGCUGGAUUUGCCUGUGUCCUGGGCUACAUCGGCCUGCUGGCAGCCACCUGCUUCCUGCUGGCCUUUUUAGCCAGGAAGCUCCCAGACAACUUCAAUGAAGCCAAGUUCAUCACCUUCAGCAUGCUCAUCUUCUGCGCUGUCUGGAUCACCUUUGUCCCAGCCUAUGUCAGCUCCCCAGGGAAAUAUACGGUUGCUGUGGAGAUAUUCGCAAUCCUGGCCUCAAGCUAUGGACUCCUUCUCUGCAUCUUUGCUCCCAAGUGUUAUAUAAUCCUACUGAGACCAGACAGGAAUACUAAGAAGAAGAUGAUGGCCAAAUAAAAAUCAUAAAACAUAAUUACAUUCAUGUGCAUGAUGGCAUAUUUAUCUGGCUUUGUUUAGUUGUUGGAUCACUGGACCAGUCAACUUCCAGAGCUGAAGCUGCAAGACAUUUAAAAUCCCAAUAUUAACUAAAUGCACUAAAAGUGUCACCACUUUGUUAUACAAUUGAAUCUGUUCUCUAUCUUCUUUGUUCUAGCUUUCUCUACACACAUAGUUGUCUUGUAAACAAAAAAUGUGAAAUCAUUAAACCAUAAAACAUUGAAAUAUUAAAAUAAGAAAUGUGAAAUUUUCAAUACUAUAUCAUGCAAUAAAUGACAAAAGAUUCC